AUGGCACAAAUGUGGUGUAUAAGUUGUCAAACUUAUCGUGAACAUGCUUAUACUUAUUGCGGAGGAGCAUGUAAUAAUAACUGCUAUAAUCGUUGUUCGGUUUGUGGUCGAGAAACUUUGGUUAAUACUCAACUAACUUCUACGAGUGUAGUUUCCACUGACGACAUGAUUGGAAUGGCUCAACGAAGUGGCUUUAAAGGUGAAGUUUCCGUUAAGGUAGAAACUGGAAAUGUAAGAACUGACCAUAUGCCUUCUGCUCGAGAAUUAAGAGGAGAAGUUCGAGACAUGUUAAAUCAAGCAAAUCAACUUCCCGAUAGGGGUUUAUUGGAGCAAAGAAAUUAUGAUACUGGUAAUUCCUCGGCUUUAGUUCAUAGUCAACAAAAUGUUGCGUGGGAUAAUGCAGUUAAUAGUUUUCGGGAUAUUCGAGUUCCUUUGUAUGAUAGCCAAGGGCGACAAAUUAUCGGACAAGAAAAUAUUAAGAGAGAAGUAGCCCGUCGAGAAGCAGAAUGA